CUUAAAACUCUUAAGCAUUCGCAUGGCGAUCGGUCGCGCGUAUAGAAAGUGUGAAGUGUCCAGUCCAGCAAAGAGCUGCAGUUUAUUUAACUUUUAGUUUAGUCAAGGAUAAAGGCAGUCGACAUGAGAGCGCUUACCAUUACUAUCCUUUCUUUGGCUGCUUUCGCAAAUGGUGGCGUACUAGUCCAGGACGCCCCAGCUUGCCCAGAGCAGCAUGGAGUUCAAGCUUAUGCCCACCCUGAAUCCUGCAACCUGUUUUUCCUGUGUACAAACGGAACCUUAACUGUAGAAACCUGCGAAAAUGGUCUUCUCUUUGACGGAAAAGGCAAUGUAUACAAUCACUGUAACUACAACUGGGCUGUUGAUUGUGGAAAGAGGAAAGCUGACUUAACGCCCAUCAGUACUCCAGGAUGUGAAUACCAAUUUGGCAUUUACCCAGAUGGGCCAGAAUGUUCAGUCCACUUUAUCAAAUGCGAAUACGGAGAACCAAUUCCAAACCAAUGUGAUGCUGGUUUAGUGUACGAUGAACGCAUCCACGGAUGUAAUUGGCCAGAUCUUUUGGCAGAAAAAUGUAAUCCAGAAGCUGUGGUCGGCUUCAAGUGCCCAACCAAGGUCCCGUCCAACAGUCCCGCAGCCAAGUUCUGGCCCUAUCCUCGCUUCCCCGUUCCUGGUGACUGCCAUCGUUUGAUCACCUGCGUUAACGGAUACCCACGACUCAUCACUUGCGGAGAAGGAAAAGUAGUGGACGAGCACAGCCUCACAUGCGAAGAACCAGAGCUGGUGCCGCACUGCGCUAAUCACAUCAGAAAGUAAAGAGGUACCGAGUCUGGAAGUCGAGUCGUGCGGAUGGUUUAGUUUAGUUUUUUGGGAUUUUGAAUAACUACGAUGAAUGGCAGAUAGAUCUGGUAGCUAUAGAUGUAAAUGUGAUACGAUUAAUGGUUUUAAAAAUGUUGAUGUAAUAUUAAAAUUUAAUAUAACAUAAAAUUGUUUACCUUCUUUUGCAUCUAUAGAUACCAGAUUUAGUGCAUUAAAUAGAGAGUAAGGCUACUUUCUGCUAGACGUGAAUUAUUGCAAAACUGAUAUAAAGGAUAUUUGCAAAAAUUAAAUUUGUAUUAUGUCAAGUAACCAAUUUUUAAGUGGCGUUUAUAACGAUAUUGGAUCUUUACAUGUUAUGAGUUUCAAAUCAUGGCUAGAUUCUACUUUUUUGUGUAUAUUAUAAAUAAGAUGCUCUACAAGUUCAUUCCGUAUGUAAACUCGUCGUUAUGUCCUGCAACAAUAGAAUUUGGAAAUACGUAAAUCCAGUGGCGGCUCGUACCACUUUAAGAAGGUAGUGCCAGAACUCGGGCAGCCGCCAAAAUUUUUAGUGACGGAUUCACGAUAUUGUCAAAACAAGGUAUACUGACAACAAAAACUAAAAAAAAAAAUAUGCGCGGAUACUUUUAUCUUAUGUAUCUUAAGUUUAUUGAUCUGAGGUGCCAAGCAAUUGUCCAACAUUAAUCAAAACCGUUCCGUAAAUUAAUUAAUAAUAAAAACCUCUUAACCUACUACCAGCAUUUACUGCUGAUAGUGAUAGUGCUAGAAAAUUGUUAUUAGGAUUUAGUCUCUAUUUACCAAUUUAUAAAAAUAAUACUUCAUUAUUCACACACAUGCAUAAAUUUUUGUAAUGUCACUUUUAAAGUUUACGAUAUAUGAAGUUCAUUCUUCUAUUUUUGAUUGCAAAGUUUUCAAUGACUUUAUAAUUAAAAUUAUCAAUACAAUUUACAAAAUGCUUUUCUGCAGAUAGCAUACCUAAAGCACAUGUUUUAACAUCGAAAAACAGCGUUCUGCUUCAGAUGUUGAUAUAAGAAUGGUAACUAAAAUACUUAAAAGUUUAAUAGUUUCUUCAAAUGUGCUUUUUAAACCUUCCCUCUACAAUAAAACCGAUAGCGAAACAGCCUAGAGGUAGUACUUAAUUCGUCUCGCUAAUACAGUACCUACUUUUGUUUUAAACCGAGUUUUGUUUAAAAAUUAAAAUUGUCUCCAUGUUUCAUUAAGAAAUGAUUCGAAAAACUGAUGCUUAUACGCAGAAAACUUCUCCGACAUAAAUAAAUUAGAAGCAACUAAAUGUCCGGAGAAGGUGGACCUUUGAAAGAUCUGGUACUUUGAAUAAUAUGAAGUCGUUGUCUAAUUCGGCGCUAAAUUUGACCAUCUCCUUAAAUAUGCCUCUAUUUUUUGAAUUUUCUUUUUCGUCGUGACCUCUUAAAGCUAACUCGAAAGCUCCACAACACCUUAUAACAUUUGUAGUUUUUUUUUUCUAGCGAAAAACCACCAAUAAUUUUUUUUAAGAUACUAAUCUUCAUUGUCAAUUAAUAAAUUAAACUUGAGAAAUAAUCAAAAUAUUAUCAAAAUACCCACGAUCAUGAUGCACUAAAAGUUUAAUUAUAAAUACAAAAACUUUUUAACAGAAAAUAUACAUAACAAAAGCGACAAACCAGCACGUAAAGAAACUCAAAAUAAAUAGACGUGACAUCAUACUCUCGUGCCUGGCACAGAGAUUCUAAUUUUAAGGUAUACUAAUAGUCCAAUAUAGCUCUUUCUCUGUCACUUGCAUAGAAUACUCGUAAAAUCUUUCUCUCCUUAGUCGUGCCAGUACUGACUUGCACGAACGAGAAUCUCCUGUCGAAUACUCUCCGCUGUCGGCAGGGAUUGUAUUACGCCCAUAGUUGCCAUAUUUUAUAUAAUUUAUGAAGAUCAAAAGAAAUACACACAAAAAAAUUAACAGGAAUUAAAAAGUUUUGAAGAUAAAAAAUAUGUUUCUGCAUAGUUAGCAAGGUAGUGCCAUAGCUCUAUGGCACUACCUCACGGGCCGCCACUGCGUAAAUCUGGAACACAAGGUGGACGUUUCUAGUGUUUGUACUUUAAUUUCACCAAUUUUGCCUUUAGCGCAUCUCUAAUAUAUCUAAUCAUACGCAUUGCCAUGGUAACAGGUUAUUUUUAUCUUCUAUAAACGAUUUUUGUAAUAUUUUCCUGUUAGGAUUAGGAGUUUGAAGGUAAUCAAUUAACAAGAUUCCGCUUCUAUCCCUAAAAUUGAUGCCUUUUUAUAAGAUUUUUCAACAAUAUCAAGUAAAACGAUGAGCAGAAACUUAAUUGAGAAAUAUGCUUAGAAAUACGUCUUCGUCCCUAAGAUGUUUAAAAUAAUAAGCAUACUGUUACAGACCAAGCUCCUCAACAAACAACUAAAUGAAAAGAUGAUCCACUGGUUAUGCAUCCAACGCUACAAGUUUAUGUGCGCAAAAAAUAAUAUUAAAUAAAAACAAGAUAACAUAAACAAACAAAACAACUUCGAUAACAAUUCGAUUAUCAUAUCUUGAGAUAUUGAAACAAGACCCUUUUGGAAUAAAGAAUAGAUGAAAGACUUUGGUUAAAAGUUUAUGACUAGCGAAAUGAAAACAAGAUCAUUUCUAUUGAUGUAUUUUUUAUCAUUUCAUCAACCCACUCUCCUUCUCCUCAUUUCUUGAGCCCGUAUCAGGAUGUGGUGACUAGUGAUGUUGAUUAUAGUUACUUUCGAGUAUUCGUUACAAAUUGUUACUUUUGUGUAAAGUAAUCAUUUACAGUAUUCGUUACUUUGAUUACUAUGAUUACUUUUGUUAGAUACUUUUGUAUUUGAGUACUGGUAAUCAUAUCGGGAAUCGUAUUUCUCAGUAUGUAGGUAUUUUGCAUAGGUAUUCCGAUACAACAACGACCUUCACCGAUCUAUUUAAGGGAUAAAAAUAAUUUGAUUACUAUGAUUACUUUUGUUACUUUUCUAUUUAAGUACCGGUAAUCAUAUCGAGAAUCGUAUUUCUCAGUAGGUAGAUAUUUGGUAUAGGUAUAAAUAUAGAUCUAAAUAAAAAUAUAGGGUUCUCGCAUUCGAUCUUUGUUAAUGACAUACAUUCCAUAUUUUACCUCCAUUAUACCUCCCUCUGUUUCAUCUUCUAUCUUCUCUUUACCCUCUCAGUGUGAGGCUUUGAGGCUCACACCCUUAAAACGCUUCAUACCGACAACUAUAUUCGAUAACACUCGUAAAAUACCGGUCCCGUCCGUUACUCGCUGGGAUACGAUUGGUAGAAAGUAAUCAAGUGUACUGGUUGUCGAUACAAUAGUCGUUACUCGCUGUGAUACGAUUGAUACGAAGUAAUCAGAGUAAUCAAAGUAGAUACAAAAUAGUCGUUACUCGCUCUGAUACAAUUGGUACGAAGUAAUCAGAGUAAUCAAAGUAGAUACAAUAGUCGUUACUCGCUCUGAUACGAUUGGUACGAAGUAAUCAGAGUAAUCAAAGUAGAUACAAUAGUCGUUACUCGCUCUGAUACGAUUGGUACGAAGUAAUCAGAGUAAUCAAAGUAACGAUUUGUUUCUCUGUAUAGUAAUCGUUACUUUCGGUAUUCGUAAGUAACGAGUACUUUGUAACGAAUAGAUACUUUUUCAACAUCUUAGUGGUGACUCUCUAAAUAUUGUUAGCUUGAUCUCCAUUGGCGCUGAUACUAUGCCAGAUAAACGACAUCAUGAUAUGGUCCAGACUUCAUUUCCCACCAUAGUCUUCAUUUUGUUUACCCAUCGUGUUUGAGAUCGUCCUCUUGGUUUUCAGCCUUCUAUUGCAUCUACUACCAGUAGUUCUAGCAAACUCUACUUCGAUCCAAAUAAUCUAACAUCUUACAUCUGUUAGAGCGACGUAAGUGUUAUUCUUGCUUUUGCUUUUAAAGUAAAAUAAUUGUGAGAAACUCUAAAGUUUUCACUGUUAUGUUCUUUAUUAGCUUUCUGUUCCUUUUCUAAUGUUGCGCAAAUAUUUAUGACGUUCCUUUUACAUUUAGAUAUAAACCAAAUAUUCCAAAAUUUCUUAUUUAAUGAGAGGAUCUGAAAAUAGCACAUAUUCUAUUCCAUUCUCUAUUCUAUACUCUAUUCUAUACUCUAUUCUAUACUCUAUUCUAUUUUCUAUUAUAUUCUCUAUUCUAUUCUCUAUUAUAUUCUGUAUUCUAUUCUCUAUUCUAUUCUCUAUUCUAUUCUCUAUUCUAUUCUCUAUUCUAUUCACGCAUCUACUCUUCAUUCUCUUCUCUUUUCUAUUUUCUGUCCUACUUUCUAUUCUAUUCUCUAUAUGAUUUUCUUUCUCUUCUAUUUUGCAUUUUUUAAUCUAUUUUCUUUAAAUUUCUUAAUUAUAUUUUCUAUUCUAUGUUCUAUUCUAUUCCUUACUUUAUUUUGAUCUCUAUUCUAGUCUAUAGUCUAUUCUAUAUUUUUUAUUCUAUUUUCUAUUGUUUUUUUCUUCUAUUCUCUGUUUUAUUUAUAUUAUUUUCUUUAUUCUAUUUUCUAUUCUAUUCGUUAUUCUACUUUAUUCUCUACUAUAUUCUAUUUUUUAUUUUAUUCUCCAUUAUCUUCUCUAUACUCUAUCCUAGUCUCUAUUAUAUUGUAGCUUUUACUCUGUUCUCUAUUUUAUUCUCUUUUCUAUUCUCUAUUAAAUUCUUUGUUAUAAUCUCUAUUCGACUUUCUAUUCUAUUGUCGAUUUUAUUCUCUAUUCUAUUCUCUUCUAUUUUCUCGUCUAUUUUUUAUUCUAUUAUCUAUUCUAUUCUCUAUUCUUUAAGCUUUAAGUUUAAUGUAAUUGUUCUCCUUUAAAUAUUUGUAAAUCAAAAAAUAUCAUUUUUGAGAUAUUAAAUUAUAACUUAACACAAAUUCUAUUUAAUGAUCAACCAUACGAAUAUUGAUUUGUUUUGUAAAUAUUUAUACUGUCUAUGUGAGCCUUACUCUUUAUACAAUAAAUAUAUAUUAAUAAAUCUUACAGAAGUCAAAAUACUCGACUAUUUUUUUAAAUGUAUUUUAACUUUGGAUUGUACAUAUUUUUCACAAGAACUUUCAUAUAUCACGAAACUAAGUACAUAAGUAAACAAUUUGCACAAACUUGAUAUUUUGCUUUGUUCCGCGAUAUUUAAAAGCUGUCGCUUUGGGACUGCAUUCAUCAAUUUACUCUAUUCACAAAAUUUUAAGUAAUCUGCGGAAUAUUCACAUUUCCAAUAUUUUAAUUCAGGUGACUGUUCUUAUUGUUUUCUACCAUACAGUAAAUCGUGUUUAUUAUCAGACAACAGAUGGAUAAAACGUAUUGUCAAUUGAAGGCCAAGACAAGAAGCACUUCAGAGCAGGUGUUAGCAGUAACUGGAUGCAACAUCCAGCAGACAGAAACAGAAGGAAUGAGAUGAGGGAGACCUAUGUCUAGCGGUGUAUGCGUACAGGUUGAUGAUGAUGGUGAUGCAUAAACUAAUGGUGCCUACUCAAAAAGCAUUACAAUGCAUUACAGUUAACAAACGAAACGAGAGUUACAGUGACGAAUUGUAGUUGCGUAAGAGAUAAAAAUAUGACAACUAAAAAAUUAUUAUGAGGAGAAUUGAUUUAUACUAUUUGAAAGUAAAUCAAUGGCUAUUCAUCAUAGUAUACAGGGUGUAACAAAAAUACAGGUCAUAAAUUUAAUCACAUAUUCUGGGACCAAAAAUGGUUCGAUUGAACCUAACUUACCUUAGUACAAAUGUGCACAUAAAAAAAGUUACAGCCCUUUGAAGUUACAAAAUGAAAAUCGAUUUUUUCCAAUAUAUCGAAAACUAUUGGAGAUUUUUUAUUGAAGAUGAACAAGUGGCAUUCUUAUGGUAGUAGUAUCUUAAGAAAAAAUUAUAGUGAAAUUUAGACAUCCUAUAAAAGUUUUAUGGGGGUUUUGUUCCUUUAAACCUCCCCAAACUUUUGUGUACGUUCCAAUUAAAUUAUUAUUGUAGUGCCAUUUGUUAAACACAGUAUUUUAAAAAAAUUUUUGCCUCUUGGUACUUUUUCGAAAAGUCAGUUUUUAUCGAGAUAUUUUGAAUAUUUGUCAAAUCCACCACAUAUUUGUAUAUGGCUAAGUACGAUUAUGGAGACUUGAUAAUAAUAGGAAAAUUUAUUUAUUAUUUACAUUUUUAGGUAUAUUUUGAACCAUAUUAAAAAAGAAGCCACAUCUCGAUAAAAGGUGCCUUAUCGAAAAAAUACAAAGAACCAAAAAAGUUUUAAAAACACUGUGUUUAACUAAUGGUAUCGUAGUAAUAGUUUAACUGGAACGUACACAACCAUUUGGGGGGUUUAAAGGAACAAAACCCCCAUAAAAUCUUUAUGUAAACAUAUUAGAAAAGAAGCCGCAACUCGAUAAAAACUGCCUUGUCGAAAAAAUACUAAGAGCCAAAAAAGUUUUAGAAAUAUUGAAUUUAACUAAUGGUAUCACAAUAAUAAUUUAAUUGGAACGUACACAAAAGUUUGGGGGGGUUUAAGGGAACAAAACCCCCAUAAAAUUUUUAUGGGGUUCACAAAUUUCACUAUAAUUUUUCUUUACGAUAUUCCUGCCAUAAAAAUUCCACAUGUCCAUUGUCAAUAAAAAAUCUCUAAUAGUUUUCGAUAUAUUCGAAAUAAUCGAUUUUCAUUUUGUAACUUCAAAGGGCUGUAACUUUUUUUAUGUGCAUAUUUGUACUAAGGUAAGUUAGGUUCAUUCGAACUAUUUUUGGUCCCAGAAUAGGUGAUUUAAUUUAUGACCUGUAUUUUUGUUACACCCUGUAUAUUCGUUAUAAAAGUGGUCUCCCAGUGGACGCUUGCCAGCUGGUUUUUCUUCUAUCGCAAUUAUUCUUGGUAGUCUGUGCUUCUCCAUUCUUUUUACAUGACUGAAGCAAUCUCUUCGUCUUUUUCUACCCCAUUUUACUACAUCUUGCACGUUGCACGCCACAUUGUUCCCUGAUGAUGUUGGUUCGUAUUCUAUCCCUUCUUGUCUUCCCUGCUAGUGUCUUCAUUUCGGCUGUUCGUAGCAUGCUUUUUGGUUUUAUUGGUGUCUUCUCUUGAUUCAAUACGAGGUCUGAUGCAAGUUCUAUAAAUUCUAUCUUUGCUGUCCAUUCUCAUAAUGGGUUAUUCCAGACCACAUCUCCCAAACAUCCGGACAUGACAGCGGACUUGUUUAUUUGUCCUCUUAGGUCUCUGGCUGAGUCAUGAUAACUUGAUAAAUCUACAUCUAUGUAGAUAUUUGAACUGGAUUAGCUGUUCCAUGGGUGUUGCUUUCAUAAGUGGUAUAAAACAUUUGGGUUUUAAUAUUUCUCUCGUGUUUAGUAGGUAUUGAUAUUUGAACCACUGAACAUUUUGAAAACAUCUAGACGUGGCAGAAGAAGUUCUUGUGAGAAAUAUAUUUUUUAAAUUUGAAAACAAAAAGUAUAUGUUGAACAAAAGAUUGCCUAUUUGGAGAUUCUUAUUCAACUUUUUUUUAAUUGAAUAUAGCUACAACAAAUAAUUUAUAAAAUGGUUAGUAGGUAUAUAUCUAGAAGUAAUUGGAUAUGUUUUUGUAUUGUAGAAAGGAAUAUUUUUUUGUAAAUAAAUCUCAGUUACCAAAUUUUAUUUUCCUGUUCUGAUGCAUAAUCACAAACUGCGGUUUACUUCAAUUUUUAUCUUUUUAUGUGUUUUGAUGUACCAACUUCAAUACAUAACAAUAUAAUUUAAUUUAAAAUUCUAACAAAAAAAUGUAGUUUGGUUGUUACAGUUUCCGUUUUCUGUGUUAAUUCGGUUUUUUUGUUUUUCGAUUUUGUUUACUUAUUAUCUAUUGAUAUUACAACUUCUCAUUUUAUUGUUUGUCUGCAUCUUACUCUAUUUUCUAAAUAUUCUAUAUAUUUACAUAAUUCUAUUUUAUCUUAUAUUCUAUUAUAUUAUCUAUUAUAUUCUCUAUUCUAUCCUCUCUUCUAUUCUCUUUUCUAAUCUUUAUUUUACUCUCUAUUCCUUCUAUAUUCUAUUAUAUAUUAUAUUUUUUAUUUUCCUCUCUAUUAUAGUAUAAUAGAUAAUAUUAUUCUCUGUUCUUUUGUCUAUUAUAUUUCGUAUUCUUAUCUCUAUUCUAUUCUCUACUCGAUUAUCCACCCUAUUCUAUAUUCUAUUAUCUAUUCUAAACCCUUUUCCAUUCACUACUCUUUUCUUUAUUCUACUCUCUAUUGUAUUUUCUAUUCUAUUUUUAUUAUUACAUUCUCUAUUCUACUCUCUAUAUUUUAUUCUCUAUUCUUUUGCCUAUUCUAUUAUAGUCUCUAUUUUAAUAUCUAUCCUAUACAUUUCUCUAUAUUAUUCACUAUACUAUACUCUUUUCUAUUCUGUAUUUUAUUCUCUAUUAUUUUUCUAUUGUAUUUUCUAUUCCCUUACCUAUUAUAUUUUCUAAUCUAUUCGCUAUUUUUUAUCUUCUUUAUUCUCUAUUUUAUUCUUUAUUCUAUUUUCUAUUAUUUUUUCUAUUCUAUCCUAUAUUUCGUUCUCUAUUCUAUUCUCUAUUGUAAUCUCUAUUAUACAUUUUUUUCUAUUCUAUUAUUUAUUCCAUUUUAAACUCUAUUCUAUUCUCUAAUAUAUUCUCCAUCCUAUCCCAUAUUCCAAUCUAUAUUGUAUUCUCUAUUCUAAUCUCUACUUUGUUCUCUAUCUGAUCCUCUAUACUAUUCUCUAUUCGAUGUUAUAUUAUAUUCUCUAUUCUUUUUCCACUUCACUUUUCUUUACUCUAUUUUGCUUACUAUUAUAUUCUAUAUUUUAUUCUCUUUUACUUUCUCUUUUCUAUUCUCCAUUAAAUUUUCUAAUCUUUGUUGUAUUCUCUAUUCUACAAAAUUUAUUCCUUAUUCAUUUCUCUUUUAUAUUCUCUACUCUAUGCUCUAUUCUAUUCUUAAAUAUAUUUUUUAUUCCAUUGUAUAUAUUAUUUUCUAUAUGUACUACUUUCUAUCCUGUUAUAUUUUAUAUUUUACUUAUUCCUUAUCCUAUUUACUUCCUUUUUUCUUCUGUUCGACUGUUCUCUCUGUUCGACUCCCUAUUCUACUCUCCUCUAUAUUCUGCUAUUUCAUUUUCUACUGUAUUCUCUAUUUUAUUUUCUAUUCUAUUCUAUUCUCUAUUCUAUUCUGUAUUCCAUUCUCUAUUCUAUUCUCUAUUCUAUUCUCUAUUCUAUUCUCUAUUCUAUUCUCUAUUCUAUUCUCUAUUCUAUUCUCUAUUCUAUUCUCUAUUCUAUUCUCUAUUCAUUCUCUAUUCUAUUCUCUAUUCUAUUCUCUAUUCUAUUCUCUAUUCUAUUCUCUAUUCUAUUCUCUAUUCUAUUCUCGCAUCUAUUCUUCAUUAUUUUCUCUUUUCUAUUUUCUGUCCUACUUUCUAUUCUACUCUCUAUUUGAUUUUCUUUCUCUUCUCUUUUGCAUUUUUUAAGCUAUUUUCUUUAAUUUCUUUAUUAUAUUUUGUAUUCUAUGUUCUUUUCUAUGCCUUAUAUUUUUUAUUCUAUUUUCUAUUGUUUUUACUCUGUCCUCUAUUUUAUUCUCUUUUCUAUUCAAUUUUCGAUUUUAUACUCUAUUCCAUUCUCUUCUAUUUUCUAUUCUAUUAUCUAUUCUAUUCUCUAUUCUAUUCCCUAUUAUAUUCUCUAUUCUCUUAUCUAUCCUACUCUCUAUUAUAUUCGUUAUCCUAUUCUCUGUUCUAUUCUCUACGCUAGUCUCUAUUCUAUUCACUAUUAUAUUUUCUCUUCUAUUCUAUAUUUUAAUCUCUAUUCUGUUUUCUAUUAUAUUUUAUAUUAUCUGACCUACUCUAUUCUCUAUUUUCUUUUUUAUUAUAGUCUCUUCUAUUCUCUAAUUUAUUCUAUAUUCUAUUUUCUAUUUUCUAUUCUAAUCUUUAGUCUAUUCUAUAUUCUAUCUUCUUUUUUAUUCUUUUUGACAUUUUCUAUUUUAAUCUCUAUUCUAUUCUUUGUUCUAUUCUCUAUUCCAGGCUCUAUUAAAUUCUGUUAUAUUGUUGUUUAAUGUAAUUUUUCUCCUUUAAAUAUUUGUAAAUAAAAAAAUAUCGUUUUUACGUUAUUAAAUUAUAACUUAAAUAUUAUUGUAUAAAGGGACACACCCAGAUAUUGAUAGAAGUCUUCUAAGAAAGAAUAACUUUUAUUUUACUAACAAUUUUUAAAAAGGAAUCAACAGACUUGUUGCUGUUUUCUCUAACAUUCUCAUCUCAAGAUAAAAAGAAUGUGUGAUAUAAUUUAAGUAUGAAGAGGAAGUAAUGUUUUUUGAAUACUAUUCUGAAAAGCUUAAGUUUUUAAAUACUGACACAUUUUGAAUUCAGCCCAUAAUUUGUUCAACCCAAUUUAAAAUUUAAAAAUUUAAUAUUUAAAAAAUUAAUUUUACCAUAUUUUAAACGUACCUAUAGUUAAUUAAUUUAUAUACCUUUACGAUAAGUACCAACCACUGCCUUAGUUAUAGUCAAAAACUUGUUCAAAUCAAAUCGUUUCGAAUGAAAAUACUUGUGAUAGACCAUCAAGACCAUACCCCAGAGAUUUAGUCACAUUUUUUCCUUAAAAUCGACUUGAUUUGCUAUUUUAUUCUAUUUUAUUUAUUCUCUUAUGUUAUGUAUUUUAUUUACUUAGCCAAUUGUUAUGUAGGUUUAAAGCAUGUUAGAUUUAUUGGUGUUGGUUUUUAAAUAAGGGAUACUUGGUAUUUUAUUAGGAAAAUAAUUAUUUAUAUAUUUAUUUUUUAUGUUUUUAUAUAAGAUUAAUUACCCAAGGGUUGUUAUGUUUGAUAUUUAAUAAGACUGGGUGUGUGUUUCUGAUAGUCAGAUUUGGUGUUUCAAAAGUACUAAAAACUUUAGAAAAAAUACACAAACCAAAAGUUAUUAUUUGGGAAAAAGUUAUUAUUUUUUACUAAUUUCCUUUAAAAAUUUAGAAGUUAUACUGUCAUUUGUUAUUUUACUUUGUACUCAUUGAUGUGCUUACCUAUUACCACUCUAUUUCGUUAUAUUCGUUUAUAUCCUGUUUUCUUCUACUCUAUUUUAUUCUAUAUUAUUAUAUUGUAUUCCAUUCUAAUAUUAUUCCUGUACCUUACGGUUUUGUAUAUAUUCUACCUAAUUCUGUACUAUACCAUUUUAGUUGAUUCUUCUCUUUUAUAUAAAAUUCUAUUGCUCUAUUAUAUUACAUUCUAUUCUACUUCAUUCUUUUCUUUUUAAUUCUCUUCACUUCCACUCUAUUCUACUCUAGUAUAUACCAUUAAGUACUUCUUCUACUAUAUUCUAACCCAUUUUAUUACUUUCUAUUCUAUUCUAUUCUAUUCUAUUCUAUUCUAUUCUAUUCUAUUCUAUUCUAUUCUAUUCUAUUCUAUUCUAUUCUAUUCUAUUCUAUUCUAUUCUAUUCUAUUCUAUUCUAUUCUAUUCUACCUAAUUCUAUACUAUACCAUUCUAUUCCAUUAUUCUCUAUUAUAUUAUAUUCUACUUUAUUCUAUUCUAUUUUAUUCCAUUCCAUUCUAUACUAUUCUACUCUAUUCGUUUCCACUCUAUUCUGUUCUACCCUAUUGUGUUCUACUUUAUUCUAUUCUAUCAUAUUCUGCUCUAUUUUAAAGUAUUAUAUUCUAUUCCAUUCUUUCUUAUUCUAUUCGAUUCUAUUCUACGCUAUUCUACUUCAUUAUGUUCCAUUCUAUUCGGUUCCACUCUAUUGUAUACUAUUCUACUUUAGUCCUAUUCUAUUCUAUUCUAUUCUAUUCUAUUCUAUUCUAUUCUAUUCUAUUCUAUUCUAUUCUAUUCUAUUCUAUUCUAUUCUAUUGUAUCCUAUUCUAUGCUAUGCUAUGCUAUGCUAUGCUAUGCUAUUCUAUUCUAUUCUAUUCUAUUCUAUUCUAUUCUAUUUCCUUCGAUUCUAUUCUACUUUAUUAAAUUCCAUCAUAUUUCAUUUUCUAUUGUAUUACAUUCUAUUCUAUUUCAUUUUUUUCUUUUCAAUUCUUUUCGAUUCCUCUCUAUUCUACUUUAGUCUAUACCACUGAGUUCUUCUUCUACUAUAUUCUAACCUAUUUUAUUACGUUCUAUUCUAUUCUAUUCUAUUCUAUUCUAUUCUAUUCUAUUCUAUUCUAUUCUAUUCUAUUCUAUUCUAUUCUAUUCUAUUCUAUUCUAUUCUAUUCUAUUCUAUUCUAUUCUAUUCUAUUCUAUUCUAUUCUAUUAUAUUCUAUUCUAUUCUAUUCUAUUCUAUUCUAUUCUAUUCUAUUCUAUUCUAUUCUAUUCUAUUCUAUUCUAAUCUCUUCUAUUUUAUUUUAUUUUAUUUUAUUUUAGUUUAUUUUAUUUUAUUUUAUUUUAUUUUAUUAUAUUUUAUAUUAUUUUAUUGUAUUCUAUUCUAUACUAUUCUAUUCUAUUCUAUUCUAUUCUAUUCUAUUCUAUUCUAUUCUACUCUAUUCUAUUCUAUUCUAUUCUAUUCUACUCUAUUCUAUUCUAUUCUAUUCCAUUCAAUUCUAUUCUAUUCCAUUCAAUUCUAUACUAUUCUAUUUUAUUCUAUUCUAUUCUAUGCUAUUCUAUUCUAUUCUACUCUAUUCUAUUCCAUUCUACUCUAUACUGUUCUGUUUUACUUUAUUGUAUCCUACUUUAUUCUCUACUCUACUCUAUUCUACUCUACUCUUUGCUCUUUUAUUCUACUCUAUUCUAUUCUAUUCUAUUCUAUUCUAUUCUAUUCUAUUCUAUUCUAUUCUAUUCUAUUCUAUUCUAUUCUAUUCUAUUCUAUUCUACUCUAUUCUAUUCUAUUCUAUUCUAUUCUAUUCUAUUAUAUUCUAUCCUAUUCUAUUCUAUUCUAUUCCAUUCAAUUCUAUACUAUUCUACUUUUUUCUAUUCUACUCUAGUCUACUUUAUUCUGUUUCAUUCUUUUCGAUUCCACUCUAAUCUAUUCUACUUUAUAAGGUUCUAUUCUAGUUAAUUCUAUUCUAUACUGUUCUGUUCUACUCUAUUGUAUCCUACUUUAUUCUCUACUCUACUCCAUUCUACUCUACUCUUUGCUCUUUUAUUCUACUCUAUUCUAUUCUAUUCUAUUUCCUUCGAUUCUAUUAUACUUUAUUCCAUUCCAUCAUAUCUCAUAUUCUAUUAUAUUACAUUCUAUUUUAUUUCAUUCUUUUCUUUUCAAUUCUCUUCGAUUCCACUCUAUUCUACUCUAGUAUAUACCAUUGAGUUCUUCUUCUACUAUAUUCUAACCUAUUUUAUUACUUUCUUUUUUAUUCUAUUCUAUUCUAUUCUAUUCUAUUCUAUUCUAUUCUAUUCUAUUCUAUUCUAUUCUAUUCUAUUCUAUUCUAUUCUAUUCUAUUCUAUUCUAUUCUAUUCUAUUCUAUUCUAUUCUAUUCUAUUCUAUUACAUUCAAUUCUAUACUAUUCUACUUUAUAAUGUUCUAUUCUAUUUAACUCUACUCUAUACUGUUCUGUUCUACUCUAUUGUAUCCUACUUUAUUCUCUACUCUGCUCUAUUCUACCCUACUCUUUUCUCUUUUAUUCUACUCUAUGCUAUUCUAUUCUAUUCUAUUCUAUUCUAUUCUAUUCUAUUCUAUUCUAUUCUAUUCUAUUCUAUUCUAUUCUAUUCUAUUCUAUUCUAUUCUAUUCUAUUCUAUUCUAUUCUAUUCUAUUCUAUUCUAUUCUAUUCUAUUCUAUUCUAUUCUAUUCUAUUCUAUUCUAUUCUAUUCUAUUCUAUUCUAUUCUAUUCUAUUCUAUUCUAUUCUAUUUUAUUCUAUUUUAUUCUAUUUCCUUCGAAUCUAUUAUACUUUAUUCCAUUUACUACUUCCAUCUGCUUUAUUCUAUUUUCUUAUAUACUCAGGUUUUGUAUUCUAUACCUACUGUCUCUUUUUAAAACCAAUUCUUUUAAUAAAUUUCAUUUUUGUGCUAUCCCAGAUUAUACUGUUAUAUUUUUUUCAAUUUUCUCUUUUAUUCGGCAUUACUGUUCUAUUGUUUUGUGUUUUAUCCUGCUCUAUUUUUAUUAUAAUUUAUACUAUUUUAUUCUAUUCUAUACCAUUCUCUUCUAUUCUAAUAUGUUCUAUUUUAUCCUAUUCUUUUUUAUUUUAUCCAAAUUUGUUUCGGAAACAUUCACAAAUAUUUUUAUUUAUUUUCUUUAAUUCAAAUUCUUAGCUGUCCUAUUCAAGAGUACAUUAAAUACUAUUCUAUUUAUUUUUAUUCAAUUCCCUUCUAAUUCUAUUUUAUUCUACUGUUUUAUCUUAUGUUCUAUUCUAACUAUUAUAUUCUAUUGCAUUCUAUUCUAGUGUGUUCUGUUCUAUUCCACUCUAUUCUUAUUCUAUUUUAUUAUUUUCUAGUCUUUUUUAUUUUAUUCAAUACUAUACAGGAUGUGGUCCUAAAAGGUUUUUUACUAUUAUUUUCUGUUCUUUAGUUACUCUAUUUUGUUCAUUCUUUUUUAUCUUAUACUCUUAUUAAACUAUAAUGUUCCUAUAUUAUAGUACAUUUAUUAUCCUUCCAAAUUCCUAACUACAGCAUGCUAUCUAUACUGUUUCUUAUUUUAUUUUCUUAUCAUUUCUACACUACGUAAUUUAAUCUCUAUCUUCUAUGUGUUACUAUUAUAUAUUAUUAAAUGUAUUUUUUACACCAUCUUGUACUUUUCUGGGCUAAACUAAUACUGAUAUUUAUUAUUGUAUUUUGUACUAUUAUUUUAUACCUAAUAGUUUUAUUUUUUAUAAAUAUGUUACAGUACCUUUUUUACUUUUCAUUAUUACAUAGGACAAUAUUUAGGGUAAUUAUACCUUUUGGAAUUUUAUACCAUUUCAAUCAACAACCAUCAUUUUAACAAAUUUAUAGUAGUAUACGACAUUUUAUAUUUUUUCUUCCUUAAUUUCUUUUUUAUGUUUUUCGCUUUAAUCAAUUAUGUUUAGUUAUAUGCAACCAACAUUUCGAUAAUAUUAGGUAAUACAAAUUUUUAGAUCAUUGUUCAAAGGAUAUGCAUCAGAACUCUGUGUAUUGUUAUUAUAUACAUAUUUAUUUGGUUGAAUUUUUAUAUUUUAAUUUUCUAUGAAAAAAUACUGAAUAAAUUAUUUUAAAGUG